GACUUGCAAGAAAACAGGAAGAAGUGUGCCUUACCUUGGGUUCAGGCCGAGUCGAAAGAUUGAAAGAACACGAUGUCACAAGCCGCGGUAACACCGGAGACUGUACAGACACCAGCAGAAUCUGCCAAGCAGAAAGCUUUGGAAGAGUACCGACGCAAGGUUGGUGAGCACCGCGAUGUCGCUUCCUCGCUGAAGGGGAUGCGAGAGCAGCUCAAGGAGCUCACAAAACAGUACGAAAAAUCGGAAAACGACUUGAAAGCUCUCCAGUCUGUGGGACAGAUCGUCGGUGAGGUGCUCAAGCAACUGACCGAAGACAAAUUUAUCGUGAAGGCCACGAACGGACCGCGAUAUGUCGUUGGUUGUCGUCGCCAACUGAACAAGGAGAAGCUGAAGGCGGGCACGCGAGUUGCGUUGGAUAUGACAACUCUAACAAUCAUGAGAUAUCUCCCUCGUGAAGUGGACCCCCUCGUCUACAACAUGUCACAUGAGGACCCCGGUGAUGUGACCUACUCAAGCAUCGGUGGUCUUCAAGAUCAGAUCCGGGAGCUUCGCGAAGUAAUCGAGCUCCCUCUGUUGAACCCUGAGCUCUUCCUCAGGGUGGGAAUCACUCCCCCGAAAGGCUGCCUUCUCUACGGGCCUCCUGGUACCGGGAAAACGCUUCUCGCUCGAGCGGUUGCCUCGAAUAUGGAUUCUAAUUUCCUGAAAGUGGUUUCCUCCGCGAUCGUCGACAAAUAUAUCGGGGAAUCGGCUCGUCUCAUCAGAGAAAUGUUCAACUACGCCCGCGACCAUCAACCGUGCAUCAUUUUCAUGGACGAGAUCGAUGCUAUCGGGGGUCGUCGUUUCAGUGAGGGCACGUCGGCCGAUCGGGAGAUUCAGAGAACCCUUAUGGAGCUCUUGAACCAGAUGGAUGGUUUCGACGCUCUCGGUCAGGUUAAGAUCAUCAUGGCAACCAAUCGACCUGACACUCUGGAUCCGGCUCUGCUACGACCUGGACGUCUGGAUCGGAAAAUCGAAAUUCCUCUACCGAACGAGCAAGCUCGGCUCGAUAUAUUGAAGAUCCAUGCAAGAUCGAUCACCAAGCACGGCGACAUCGAUUGGGAGGCUGUGGUGAAGCUCUCCGAUGGAUUUAACGGUGCUGAUCUCAGAAACAUCUGUACCGAGGCUGGCAUGUUUGCAAUCAGAGCUGACCGUGAGUACGUCGUGGAGGAAGAUUUCAUGAAGGCGGUGCGGAAGGUGGCAGACGUCAAAAAGCUUGAGACGAAGCUCGAUUACAAGCCGGUGUAAAUUGCUGCCUACCUAAUUAAACGGGGAAAUUCGAAGCCAGUAUCAUCAAUAAAUAUAUGAGCGUGAACCUUAUGA